AUGGGGUGUCUCGACGGGCUCGGCCUGUCUUGCUCUAUCCUGGCGAUUCGGGAUGAGCAGCCCUUGUAUGAUCUGGACCUUGCCUCGUGUCGCAGGUUCUUCUCCGAGGUUAGCGAAGACCUAUCUUCGCCUUACUCACUCGAGCGCUUCGUCCAUGAACAGAUGGAAAGAAGCGACUACAAGGAUUGUAUGUGGCCCAGAGUUCACGAUCUGGACGACGCACUCGGCUUUCUGGCCAAUUUCGACGACAAGCCUGCUCCGGUCACGUACAAGCUUGUCAACAGCGACAGUGAAUGCUGUCUAGACGAGAACAGUCUGUUGUUGGCGCAUUUCUUGUCACUAAUAUUCGGCCGGCAAAUCGAGCACGCCGCCUUUGCCUGCCUCCACAAGCAUCUGUCCAAGCCCCAGGGCAUCGAGCCCCAGACCAUGGAGCACUUUAUAGAGCAGCUCUUGGCGCUACGCUGGCGCGUGGGCCUUGAUCGCCGCCGCCACACCGGCUUGCACGUCCACGAGCCUCAGGCAGAGGUCGUAGAGCUUUCGUCCCGCAUCGAAAGGGACACCAGCCUUUGCAAGAAACUCUACUUUUCCCUCUGCCACAUACGCCAGAGGCUCGGCAGGAAGCAUUCCGGUGUCGACGACCCGUCGUUCAGCGACAGGCAAUACCGCGGCGUCACCAACACGCUCCCUCGAGAAGACAGCCCCGAGGCUUUUGAUGAUUGGAUGCGCCAGGGAGAGGCGUUGAUUGAGGAGGCGGGACCGCAGGAGCGGAAUAGUUCUUAG